ACAUGAUUAGGUGGUGGUGGGGGCUGAACUGGGGGGGAAUAACAAAGUGAUAUUGUCCCACUGGCUGUUCUGUUUUAUAUAAACGCUCCUUCACACCUUUCCUUGACCUCAUUGUCAUCAAGGCCAAUGUAAUGUGAUUGGGAAGGGUUAGGACUUUUCAACUGGAACCAGGUACCCACAAUGCUUUUAAACCCAGAGAAAGGUUCAGAUACUGACCUUUUUUUUUCCCAUUUCAUGCAAGCGUUUACUGCAUGACGAACAUUCUUGAGCAUGCAGCGCUGCAUUAAGGCUGAUCUAGGAAUCUUGCCCCACCAACUUCAACAAGCCUGUUGGCUUUCUUACUGGGAUUAAGUCAGGUAAGUGGAAUUCUUGUUGUACAAAUGCCCUCAGAUACAUGCUCAUAUAAACCGUAAGAAAUCGCAAUAUUUAAACACCUAACUAUAAAAGUUAACUUCAAAAUCUAUCCUCCUGUGAUCUGUAUAAAUAUUUGUCUGUAUUAUAUUGUUGCUAUUGUUGUGCUUGCUGAAUAUAAUUCAUUUAAUAUUUUGCAUUAGUUUCCUUUAUUGCCAUAUGACAAGCCCGUGAAUAAUGAAAAAAAUGAAAGAGUUUAAACAAUUGCUGAGUGUUUGCAUUUCCUCGAAGCUAUUUAGGCGUGUACAGGUAUGUUGAACACCCUCUUGUAUCUGGACUUUGUCUGCAGGUAUUUGUCCUACAUUUUUAGGUGCACAAGCCUAGUAUAAUUAAUACCAGAGAAGUGGUGCAUGUACAUUAGUAGUUGCCGUUCGUGUAGCUUGCGUUAUACAAUAGAAACUCCACAUCCCUUUCUGUGCUUUCUUUAUGUGUGUGUAUGCGUGUGUGUGCAACUGCGUGCAUGUGUAUUUGUUACCAGCUCUCAUCAGGUUGGGUGCGUUAUACGAGGGCUUCCUGCUGCAUCCAUCUGCCUGAAACUACCAAGAACCGAACUGUCACUGUAUUUUUCAUUCAGGUUUUAACAGAGGUUAACGUUCUGGUGGAAACAGCCACUUGACAUUGCCCACACUCAGGACAACGAAGGCAGCUCCUCAUACCCUUAGGCAUAUCAGAGAAGCAGUUUGUAAACAUUCAUCAGACUCAUGACUGUUUGAGAGGACACGGCCCCACCGUGGCCCAUGCACUGUAUCCAUUUCCCUCCCUGUCCUCCUUAUCCCUCAAGCUGACGCAAAACCCCAGACACCUACCCCCCCUCCCCCACCCCCACUCCCAUCCGGUUCCCAGUGAUUCGCCUCCUCCUGCCAUGGUGUCCGGCACAGAGACUGUGCACUACAUCCACCUCCACAACUCCAGCCAAUCAGUGCUGGAAGCCCUUCGCACACAACGGCGCGAGGGCCUCUUCUGCGAUGUGACCGUGCGAAUACACGAUGCCUCCCUGCGUGCCCACGCCUGCGUCCUGGCAGCCGGUAGCCCCUUCUUCCAGGACAAGUUGCUGCUCGGUCAUUCUGAAAUCUCUGUUCCGCCACUGGUGCCCGCUGAAACCGUGAAGCAGCUUGUAGACUUCAUGUACAGUGGCUCGCUGGUGGUGCUGCAGUCACAGGCCCUGUGCAUCCUCACUGCCGCCAGCAUCCUGCAAAUUAAGACGGUCAUUGAUGAGUGCACUCAGAUCAUCUCUCAGAGGAAGGCAGCGGCAGGGGCAGCAAGUGCUGCAGCAGCAGCCGCGGCGGCGGCUGCUGCUGGAGGAGGAAUGCUUGGAGGGGUCCUCCCUAAACAAGAGGAGCGUGGCGGGGGGAAAGGGAGAGAGAGCGGCAGCAGUGGAAGCUGUUCUGUUAGUGGCGCUGGUGGGGGUGGGGGUUACGCCAACUUCUCUAAUUUCAUGGCUGAAUGUGGAGGUGGUAACAUGGCCGGUGGGUUAGGGGGUGCCAACGUUAGCGUCAGUGAGAGCGGCCCAGGCCCAAUGGAUCAAGCUAACACUGUAAGCCUGAUGGCACUUGGAGACAUGGGCCCCGGUGCCAUGUGUGGUGGUGACGCAAUGGGCACCGGGGGAGGUGCAGUCCUCAUGAAGCAGAGCUCAAGCUGUACUCAGGACGUAAGGUACAAGCUCCGAGACCUGUUGGCACAGACGGCCAAUGGAGCCAGCACAAGUAGCACAGGGAACCUCUCAGCGGGCUGCAGCUCCGGCGUGGCCAGUGUGGACAGCAUUGGCAGGGACAGCCUCCGCGGCAACACAACUGACCUCUCUGAUGACCUUGUGGGGAUAGACCGAUACAGUGAAGAGGAGGACUUGGAUGGGAGAGACAGGGGAAGAGAUGGAGAUAGAGACAGGGGGGCGAGCCACAGCCGCAAGCAGAGGCAGCCGCUAAGACUCCAGGUGCUGGGAGGAGAGGGAGUAGUGGUGAAGGAUGAAAGCGUACAGGACGCAGAUGGGACUGUCUAUGCCUUGGAGGAUGGGAGACGAGAUCAAGAGCAGGAGGGCUCCCAGGAAUCCAUGGCAAGCUUUGGACAGGAUUUCUAUGAUGAGCAGGGCGUGUUUUCAGAGAGUUUUUGGCCCCAGAGUGAGCCUCCUCAAGCCAUGGCUUUUAACCCCAGAGGAAGGGUCAAUAAACCACUGACUCCACCUCCAACCACCCAGGCCAUCAACAACCAGCUUCUGUUCCAGUACCCAGUGAGCCAGUCGCAGCCAGCUCCGUUCUAUGUGGGCGGGCCCAUGGGUGGGAUUGACACGAUGGCGGGGACAGAGCCCAGUCAGCAGGCUCCACCCCCAGCACCAAUGACCCCAGCUCCACCACCCUCCACCUCUUCCUGUUCCGCAGGGCCCUCACCCUCCUCCCAGGGAUCUGAGACCUCGUUCGACUGCACGCACUGUGGCAAAUCUUUACGUUCCAGGAAGAACUACAGCAAGCACAUGUUCAUCCACUCGGGUCAGAAACCUCAUCAGUGCUCCAUCUGCUGGCGCUCCUUCUCCCUGCGGGACUACCUCCUCAAACACAUGGUGGUGCACACUGGCGUCAGGGCCUUCCAGUGCACCAUGUGCGGCAAGCGUUUCACCCAGAAAAGCUCGCUAAAUGUGCACAUGCGCACCCACCGUGCCGAGCGCACCUUCCAGUGCAACGUGUGCCACCGGGCCUUUACUCACCGUACCUUGCUGGAGCGCCAUGCCCUGCAGCACGCCCACCACGCCCCGCAGACCCCAGGUCAAGGCCAGGGGCGUGGAGCCGACAUGACCUCACCUACCAAGCACAGCCCUCCAGCUAUGGGAGGGCACUCAGGUAUGGCUGGCGCGGCUGGCAUGGUUGGCAGUAUGGCCAACAUGCCGAGCCACGGAGCUUCCUCCACCUAGAGAGAGGGGGGAAGGAGAGGGGGGGGGGUGUAAGGUGGUUUAUGAUCCCAUUCCUUGAAUCAACAAUUUGCUCCUAACAGCCUUGUUGAUCUUUUGUUCUGAUGGAAAGAGCGCCAUUUUAGCUUAAUACCAUUUUCAGUCAGGGCUCCUACACAGGACUAGAACGCCUUUUAAGAAAGAAAACAAAAAAGUACUCUUAAGGGUAUUUUUGAAUUGCACAGAUAUUAUGGGAAAAUCUGGCUGGAAAAAAAGUCCUUUUCUAGAAACCCAUUUGACCUAGUUGUAGCUGUAAUUCGUGUUGUCACAUCAGUUCCUGUGAGGACUAACCAUAAGCUUAUAGAGCAACGUCACAAUAAUCAUGCCUUGUUGAAUAGCCAUGUUUCUUCUUUUUUUUUUUAAUAACUGAGACUUGUGUAGGAGCCCUGUUUUGAAAAGACCAGAGAGUCACCAAAGAGGUUAGGAAAACUGAACAGGGUUUGGGAGUGGGUGAGGCUAAGGAAAGUUGUAGCGUUUCUUUUUUUUUUUCUAGGUGGAGGUGAGGGUGGACUAACAUUUGGAGUUUUAAGGAGAUGCAAGUUAGGGAAACAGGGAAGGAUAGGUCGGUCAGGGCGGUGAGUUUACCAGGUUUCAUUCACUUUCAAUUCAUUUAAAUGAAGUUUGUGUCAGUUCAUGCAAAUUACCAAAACAUAAGCAUGUAACCAUAACCCAAUGUGGUUGUCCAAUGGGGAUGAAUCUUUG